ACUGGCCUCAACUCAACUCCCAACCCCAAAAGAGAAACAAAAAAACUGAAAAAGGAGGAAACGAAAUAGAGCGAGAGGAGGAGGUAGAGAGAGGUUACUAAAAACCACAAAAGCUGUGCGCUAAGCGUCCAUCUCGCCAACGUUGUCUCUCAUCCAUCCACCCGAAGCCAAAGGCCGAAGCCUCCAAAGGAGGAGAAUCCCCCUUCAUACCGUUUGACGGCAAGACGGGAUGGCUCCCCGUCUCUUAGCUUGCUUCCAACGAAGAUCGGUUUCUUCAUCGACGACCUCGACGGCGGAAAAUGCGACCGCCGACCAGGCGUCGGAGGAGCAGAGAAGGGGAGGAGCCAUACUAGUUGAGCUAUUCUCGUCGCAGGGAUGCGCCACGUCGCCGGAGGCGGAGCUGUUAAUAUCGAGGCUCGGGAGGGGAGAUUUCGAGCUGGAGGUACCGGUAAUUAUUCUGGCUUACCACGUCGAUUACUGGGAUUAUAUGGGUUGGAAGGACCCGUUCGGAUCCAGCCAGUGUACCGUCAGGCAGAAGGCUUACGCCGAAGCAUUGAAGCUGGACACUAUGUUCACGCCCCAGGUGGUGGUUCAGGGCAGGACCCAGUGCGUUGGCACCGAUCAAGAGGCUCUGCUCUCUAACAUCACAUCAGCCGUUCGAUUCGCAUCUCCAAGCUUUCAGGCUACAUUUCAAAGGCCGUCUGCAGACAUAUUGCAGGUGAGCCUAACAGGAGCUCUAAGGACAAAGGUGGAUAGUCAGGGUGCCAGCGUAAUGGUGGCCUUGUAUGAGAAUGGGCUGGUCACCAACUGCCCCAAGGGAGAGAACCGAGGUCGUGUUCUCUCCAAUGAUUUUGUUGUUCGGAAACUAGAGAAACUGUGCAAUGUCAAGGACAUUUCGGCCAAGAAAACCAUCUCUGGGACUGUUAACUUCUCUUUGUGGGAAGGCUUUAGCAGCAGCAAAUGUGGUAUUGCAGUCUUCGUUCAGAACAGCUCCUUCCACACUUUUGGUUCCCAGAACUUCCAAUUACCAGAUAACCUUUGAAGCUUGAAAGCUGGAUAUAUAUAUAUAUAUAUAUAUCCCGCCGGUUUCCUCCUUACCCAUCGUAUUCUGGCCAUGACAUCUGAUCGCUGUGUACAGGGAUAGGGAUGCGCCCUUGUAGUUAAGGGCCAUAUGCGAUUAUUGUAUCCUUAUUCUUCCUCUUUCUCUCUGUUUUUCCUGGAUUGUUUUUCUUUUUUUGGUUUGUUUUUUCUUAGCAAGUGCAGGGGAGAUUAGGAAUUGACCCCUGGUGGAAUUAGGAUUGGAAUACUGUUCUGAAUUUAGUUCGUGGGAGAGGAGAGACACAGACAUGUAUUCUUAUGUCUUCUCUUAUUAUUGUUAUAUUUUUUUUUACCAUAUUGGAGGUUAUAUUAUUUGUAUCA